AUGAUGAACGAGCCUAACUACGUCAUCGAUUGUUGCGGCGUCGUAGACAAGUGGGAGGCGUAUUUUGACAACGUUAACACCGCCCGAACCGUCUACUUCCAAGUAUGGCGGCCAACAAGCGGAGACAGCUUCCAGCUCGUCGGACAGAACGACAUCAGCGUCUCGUCAGACGGAGAGCAAGCUUUUGCAAUUCCACAAGCGCAGAGAAUCACGGUCAAAUCUAACGAUCGUUGGGGCUGGUGGAGUGACGGAUCUGACGUGAUAACGUAUAAGCGAGGUGGAGCAGAAGAAGACAAUAAUUACUUGAUGGCGAUAUCCUCCGCGACGUCAGUGGAUGACGUCGUAGAUUGGUCAGCUAAAACAGUUGAGGAUGAUCGUUCCUACGCCGUUAGAAUGGACGUUGAACCUAACAACGACCCAUUCUUUACCGGCACUAUGUCCGCGACUGUGUCCAAUGCAGUGGCUAUAGGGACGACCUUGGAAACCAUUUCGGUGUCAGACAAUGACGUUGAUGACGUCAGCACGCUCACCGUUUCCAUGGUAUCAAACUCCAAAUACAACUUCGAUACAUCCACAAAGGUUUUGACGACGGUCGCUAGUUUAACGACGUUAGGCGGAUCUGAAAGCAAGCUGACUUUCAAAGUGGCGGACCAGUGCUCCAACACUGUCACGGUGACCUUCACCGUCACCAUCACCAACGACCCCCCAGAAAUACACAACCUACCGAGCUCCGUCUCUAUAAGCGAGGAUGUGACGUCAGAGACACUAUUGUUCGUCAUAAACGCGACUGACACAGGCGGUGACGUCACUUGUGAUUUUGCAGCCAGCGUCCCUGCGUCAUAUCCGUUCAUUAUUAAGCAGGAGCCUGCGUCAUCAGAUUAUGCCAUAUACAGUGAGAUCAACCCCGGAUUUAGCUACAACACGAAAAGCAGUUACACCCUGGGUAUCGACUGUUCGGAUGGACUUAUUUCGGACACCGGGGAGUUCUACGUAUACUUGACUCAAAAUACGCCACCCGUCUUCCUUAACUUACAAAACUCGACGUCCAUUUCGACGUCCGACCAGAUAGGGACGACGGCGUUCCACGUGCUCGUGUAUGACGCCGAGGGUGAUGACCUCACGUUCACCAUGACGUGCACGUGCGCCAACUUCCCAUUCCAGAUAUUCAAUUCGGGUGAGAUCAAACUAAACGCCGACCUGACGGACCACGCAGUUGUUGGGUAUGACUUGGAAAUUCACGUGGCCGACAGCAGGAACACGGUGGGACCCAGCCUGCUAACUAUAACAAUUGCAGGUAUGUUUUAA